CCCCUGGGGUCCCCAGAAGUUCUCCGCGGCGGGUCGUUGGUUCCCCGGUGCCGGUUCGCCCCGAGCCCUUCCCGUUAACGGUGCCUCGUGGUUGUCCCCGGCAGCAGCGAUGGAGAUGCAGUCGUACUACACCAAACUGCUGGGAGAGCUGAACGAGCAGCGCAAGCGGGACUUCUUCUGCGACUGCAGCAUCAUCGUGGAAGGGAGGAUCUUCAAAGCGCACAAAAACAUUUUAUUCGCCAACAGCGGCUAUUUCCGAGCCCUCCUCAUCCACUACAUCCAGGACAGUGGGCGCCACAGCACCGCCUCGCUGGACAUUGUCACCUCGGAGGCCUUCUCCAUCAUCCUGGACUUCCUUUAUUCCGGGAAGCUGGAUCUCUGUGGGGAAAAUGUAAUCGAGGUGAUGUCUGCAGCCAGCUACCUGCAGAUGACCGAUGUGGUCAACUUCUGCAAAACAUACAUCAGGUCGUCGUUAGAUAUCUGCAGGAAAAUAGAGAGAGAAGCAGCUUUCUAUCAAGCUGAUAGUGGGAGCACUGGCUCUGCGAGGGAGGGCACCUCUUACAGCUCCAAGAGCCAGUGCUCUGCCUCUGUCUCUUCCCUGCAGGAAAAGGAAAGGAUCUCGGAUUGCCAGAGAGAUCCUCCCUGUGGGGAGUGCAGCAGCUGCCACCCCCUGGAGCUCGUGGUCAGGGACCCCAUGAACAGUGACUCUCCAGACAAAAUCAACUCAUCACUGCCCAAGGUGGUGGAACCCAAAGUAGAGUUUGACUCAGAUGAAAUCGAGGUGGAAGUGGGUGAUCAGCCACCACAGUACCCGACCACGCUGUCCCUCGAGCAGAUGGAAGAGGGGCUCCACAGCGGGCAGGCCAUGGACCUGGCUUGCAAUAAUUAUCACAUGAAACAGUUCCUAGAGGUCCUGUUGCGCAACAGCUCAGCUCAGAGAAAGGAUGAUGUGGUUCAUCACUUUGUCCGGGGCUUUGAGGGUAGGCCAGAGGAUGCAGGGGUAGCCAUGAGUUCCAUGAUGGACAUUCACAGCGAGUGGUAUGGUGAGGACCCAGGUGAUGUGUUGGUUGUGCCAAUCAAGCUUCACAAAUGUCCAUUCUGUCCCUACACGGCUAAGCAGAAAGGAAUCCUCAAAAGGCACAUUCGGUCCCACACAGGGGAGAGGCCCUAUCCCUGUGAGACGUGUGGGAAGCGUUUCACACGGCAGGAACACCUCCGCAGCCACGCUCUGAGCGUGCAUCGAUCCAACAAGCCAAUUAUCUGUAAAGGCUGCAGGAGAACAUUCACAAGUAGCCUGUCUCAAGGGUUACGACGCUUUGGCUUGUGUGACAGCUGCACCUGUGUGACCACUACCCAUGAGGACUCAAUGCCCAUCAACCUCAGCCUGAUGGAACCUUCAUCAGAAGGCCAGGAGAAGGGGGAUGCUGAUAAUGAUUGGCCCAUAUAUGUGGAGUCUGGAGAAGAAAAUGAUCCCACUGAGGAUGAUGAUGCUGAUGGGGAUGACAAGCAGGAAAUCCACAGGAGCUUAUCAGACAGAGAAACACUUAUGUAGCAGUGGAGGAGAGUGUCUCUCAGGCAGUCUUCAGUCUGUAACAGAGAACUGAGUAUCUGGCCAAUGGGUGAGACUAUGCUGGUUUUUAUUAUUCCAUUUUUUAAAUAGAAAAGUGGGGAGAAGUGGAAUUUUUAAUACUUUUAAGUUUUCAGUUCUGUGCACCAGAAACCUGUGAAGAAUCUUCUGACUGGGGCUUACAGAGGUUGUACUUGAGCAAUUUCCAGUGGUGUCUCUGCCUCCUAGUUUUGAAUUUGCAGGUGGAACAUCUCUGUUUUGAUAAUAGAUUUUUUUCCAGUAAUGCUCUCGUGGUCCUUAAUCCCUGAUGUCAAACCAUCUGCUAUCUGAAGAGUACAUUAAAAGAAAUGUAGUUUUCAUCCAUUACCUUGGACUUUUCUAAACUAUAAUCCUGCUGUAUUAGGACAGAAUUAUCUAAAUUGUAAACCUUAAGUGUUUGCUUAGACUGGAUUUGACAUGGAAACCAGGGCAGACAAACCAGGGUAACAAAAUAUGCUGCUGCUGAAAGCACAGGCAGUAAGAAUAAAUACAUAAUUGCAGGUAUCUGGAGAACAA